AUCUUGGUGUGUAUACUGUUAGUGGCUCCAAAAGGGUCUGUUCUGGCCCUUAGUCCUGUACCUACGCAUUAGGUUGAACUGUUUGAAUCCAAUCGUGCUUCCGUGCAGUGCCAACUCUAAAUCCUAUUCGCCUACCGCCUGCCUACCUUUGUUAUCUAUCGGCGUCAUCAUCCUCGACGGCAUUAUCGCCAUCGUCUCUCUCUGUUUCUGCCCAUCAGGACUACCUUGUGGUUGCUUCCCGUUCGCGUCGUCAUCCCCCAUCAUCCAAACUUCCCCUUUCACUUCCCUUUCUUCAUCUUUCCUUCCCCAGAUUUUUCCUAGAGUUAGUUGCCUGUUCCCUCUCUGCCACCCUGGCUGUCUCGUGCUUCCGCCCUCUUGUCGAUGGCCAUUUUUACUGCCCCUAGAUCUCUUCAAAAUGCCUACCCGUCAAUCUCCUCUCAGUUCAUGACCCAGAUGGGCGCCAAUCCCGCCCUCCUUCAAGAUGGCAACCCACACUCGAGCCACCCCUCGUUCCUCAACCUCGUCCUUUUGGUCUUCGAAGCUGUCCUCGAGGUCAUCUGUGUGAGUUUGCCGGGCUACUUUGCUGCCAAACAGGGCAUGUUCGAUGCGGACGCCCAGAAGCUGGUAGCAAACCUCAACGUCACUUUAUUCACGCCCUGCCUGAUCUUCACAAAGCUUGGGUCCCAGCUCACAGCAGAGAAGCUUACUGAUCUGGCUAUUAUCCCGGCCAUCUUCGUUAUUCAAACGUUGGUCUCUUAUUCCUGCGCCUUUAUUGUUUCGCGAUGUCUCCGGCUCAAGAAACGCCCUUCCAACUUUGUCGCCGCCAUGGCCGUUUUCGGAAACUCGAACUCGCUCCCUAUCUCCCUUGUCAUGUCCCUGUCGCAAACUCUCAAGGGUCUUCACUGGGAUCGCGUCCCGAACGAUAACGAUGACGAAGUAGCCGCUCGCGGUAUUCUAUAUCUGCUCAUCUUCCAGCAGCUCGGACAGCUUGUGCGGUGGAGCUGGGGCUACCACGUGCUUCUUGCCCCCCGUGAACGUUACUUGGAAGAGGCAGAACCGGACCCGAAUACCUCCCUCAUUGGACAGGGCCAGGAGCGAUACACGGACAACCCGGAGCAAGUUGAUCCAGAUGAGCCGUUGGUGAGGACUCGAAGCUUCGAUGAACAGACGCAAGCAUCCGGAGCUUCGCAGGAGGACUCGGAUGCGUUCGCAUCUGGUCAAGAAACACCCGUGACCGCACGAGAUUAUCCCUACUCCAAGGUGUCGUCCCGUAGCGGUGGCGAGGAAGAUCCCGACCGCCCGCCCCUGCUUGAUGCUCCCCCUGCGCCAUUCAUGCCCCGACAAAGCUCCGCCGGGGAUAUGCUUUCAUUCCCCGCUGUACAAGAGAGCUACGAGAAGAAGGGUCUGGUUGCCCGCGUCAAGGCGUCCCUUCGUCGACUCCGUAGCUGCAUCGCCAGCGGAUGGUCAAAAGGGACUGGGGCCAUAUUUCGACGGUUGCCAACGAGGAUGCAGAAGGUGCUAUCCGUGUGCACAGGCUGGAUCGGAAGGUUCUUCCAUGGGUUGUGGGAGUUCAUGAACCCUCCCCUGUGGGCCAUGCUUGUCUCGAUCGUGGUCGCCUCGGUACCGUCGCUCCAGACCUUGUUCUUCGAUGAGGGCACCUUUGUGAGCAAUUCUGUUACCCGCGCGAUCAACCAGAACGGUCAGGUUGCUGUGCCGUUAAUCCUCGUUGUUCUGGGAGCCAACCUUGAACGCAACACGCUUCCUAAGGAGGCACUGGAUGAUGUGGAGCACCCCAAGGAAGAGAAGAAGUUGAUUGUCGCUUCUCUGGUGGCCCGCAUGCUUCUUCCUACAAUCAUCAUGGCCCCUAUCCUUGCGUUACUGGCCAAGUAUGUGCCGAUCAGCAUUCUGGACGAUCCGAUCUUUAUCAUCGUCUGCUUCCUCCUGACUGGAGCUCCGUCGGCCCUUCAGCUGGCGCAGAUUUGCCAAAUCAACAAUGUCUACGUUAGCGCCAUGUCGAAGCUCUUGUUCCAGAGCUAUGUGGUGUGGAUCCUCCCUUCAACCCUUAUCCUCGUAAUGUGCGCCUUGGAGGUUGUCGAAUGGGCGUCUGCCUCCUGA